UUUGAUAUAAUUACACAGAAUUUUUGCAUGUGAUUGAAUUUUUCUUCUACUUUAUGGUGGUAUGUUUGGUUCGUUAUCGCCAUCGUCUCCUCAUCCACUUCCGGGUUAUUUGAAUCUGUUCAUCUGUUCAUCUUUGUCUAUGAUCAUUGUUUAUUUAUCUGUAAGGGCUGUGUCGUAAAGAUGUUUACAUCUUAGUGAAAACAUGAACCAAAUAAGGGGACGAGAUCGUGAGUGAAGAACUAGUCUUUGUGGAAACAAGGCGCAGCAAAGUGAAUAAUAUUGAGAUAACUGUGGCGCAUUUCCUUUAAAACAACCCAUAGUUCUUUGUCUUGUGGAAGCACAUUUAUUCUUACAAAGGAAGUUGAUAGUAUUUUCUGAUCACGUUUGUCGUACCAAAGCGGCGGGAGGUGUCUUCCUUGUCGAAUACAAAUCGGAUACAUUAUAAUAGAUUUGUUCCUGUCCGUGGCACAGAAACAUUUCGAAUUUUCAGUUAUAUUGUUCUUCAAAGAGUCGUAAGAAGUGUUUCGUAUUUUAUAUUUUUAAAAAAUGGCCUUAGAUAAUCCUUCUUAUUUUGCUAUUGCAAGUGGAAUAGAAAUAAAAUGUUCAUUCACAACUAAGGCAAAUGGUUUUGAGAUGUCUGAUUUGAGUACAAAGUCUCAUAAAUCAAUUUGUCGUUCAUUAAGUUCUAAUUCAGAUAAUUCCAAUCAUGAACUUACAAUCCAUGAUCACAGAUUGCCAGAUUUUUAUACUGAUGAAUGUAAUAUUAGUGAAACUGAGUGGAACUCUGCAAAGACUGUUACAAAAAGUGAAAGUGAAGUGCAAAAAUCAGAAAAUGAAGAUGAUGGAUUUGAUGUAGAUAAUCUGCGAUAUUAUAAUGUUUCAAGUGAUACCUUUGCAGACAGACGUCAUUCAACUGGUGCAAUUGCAGCUAAUGAAAGUAAUGAUAAUCUUCCCCUUCAAAAAGAUACUUCUCAGGCUACAGUUACAAGUAAUUGUGUUGGAAAAAAUCAUGAUUCACUUAGGCAUUUUUCAACAGGAGCAGUAUUAGAUGAUCAUUCUUUAAGACAUGGUUCAUAUCCAAGAAAACGUUGUAAUUUGUGCAACAAGCGUCCACUUGUAAAAACUGAGAAUAUGGAUGAUAUACUUAUUGUUUCAAUUAAGCAAAGUAACGCUGCAGCUCUGUGGGUUGAAUAUUUUAUAUCUUAUUUUCAACAAAUUAGUAAGCAAGCUAACAGAAAGCCUUUUAAAGUUUUAUAUAUUGGGGCAGAUGAAUUUUCAGAGGCUGAUUGUGAUAUUCGUUCCAUUGCUGAAAGAAUUUCUAAUGUCAAACUUCAAUUGAUCGUUGUAUGUCCCAGUAUGUUAGAAUAUAUAGCUAAGUAUCCCACACCUUCUACAACUUUAGGAAAAUUAAUGAUUCCUGAUCGUACACUUGCUUUGCUCCUUGGAGUGAGUGAUGAUGAUCUGAUUGAUGUACACAAACAGGUUUUACCCACAUACUUUCAGUGGAUGCGCUACCGAGUUGGACAAGAUCAAGAUGAAAAUUUUACUAAAGAAUUUCUCGCAUCUGCAAUGGCGAUAUUUUCAAAAGUUUGGAAACAGCAAAGCUCCGUUUUCUCUGGCGAAAAAUCGCAAUUCUCAGUACUACCAAAGAAAAUAAAACAAGGUCAGAAUAGCAUUGUUAUAAUGCUUACACAUCCUCUACAAAAAGACGACGUCAUUAAAGUUUCGGUUGAAAGGUACAAUGAACUCCUAGAAAUUAAAACAGUAAAACGUCGUAAUCCUUAUACAUUAAAAAUUAGCGUUCCAGAUAUGUGCAACGAGAUGUCAACAAUUAUAAACAUUCUCGUUGAGAAAAACGGAAAUAUAAUUGGAAGUCGUCCGGUGAAAUGCGAAAGUCGUCUAAGAGAAUUGGAGCAGAUCUUACGUUCUCUCGAUAAUCCUAUUAAUUUUAUGUGUCAGAGUUUGGGUCUUCCUUCCAUUGAUAGUAAAACAUUAGAUGCUUAUUUGACAGAAGCAUUUCAAAAGAACUUACCACCCCACUUUAAUUUAUGCGCUGACCCAUUUAUUUCUGACAAACCAUAUUCACAGAGGAACAUGAGUAGAGGGGAAUUUCCAACCCUUCUUCAUUUUUCUGCUAGACAUGGAUUGGAAAAUUUAACAAAAACUCUUCUGGAAUGCCCCGGAGGAGAAUUGGCUCGUGAAAUAAAGAAUGGUUCAGGAGCAACACCAUAUGAAAUUGCAGAAAAACAUGAUUAUGGUCAACUCCUUUAUAUGUUGAAAACACCUACAAAACAUAGCGAAAGUCCAAGAAAUAGUGACAGCUGUAAAAAUGUCAAGUUGCAUUUACGAUUUAAAGAACCAGAAAACUGCAAUAAAUAUUUUGAAGUAAAAGAAACUGAAUUAUAUAAAGUUUGCCCACCACCUAGGCCUCUGCUUUCAGUAUCUUCUACUGAAAGUCAAAUGUCGUUAGAUGGGAUUAACAAUAGAAUAAGUGCAAUUAGUUUUAGCAGUAUAGAUGACGUUAAAACGCCUAGCGACAUAGACGAAAGAAAGGUUGUCAUUCCAGAAAGUUUCGACUUGGAACAUCUUCAGAAAGCAGUAUCUUCUCUUGAUUAUACAUUUCUACCACCACCAAAACCUGUUUAUAAUUUUAAUGACAUCCAACAAAAUGGUAAAUGUUUCAAAAAAUUAAAUGCUAAUUAAGAUAUUUCUGAAAUGGCUGGAUAUUCCAGUUUUUAUAUUUUUACUUUAAGAUUUUUUUGUCACUUAUAUUUAUUACUUUUAUUCGAUAUCUAAACAAAGUAGAUACCUGUUGAAGUUAUUUAUAGAAAAAAUAGUGCCAUAGUAAUGAUUAAUUGAUGUAAAAUCAAAUAAUAUUUAUUUAAGUAAAACAUUACAGUAAUUAGUUAUAUUUCUUGUAUCUUUCUGUUGUAAUUAACUUUAAGAAGCAUACGAUUUAUCACCAAAGAUUUUUGAAAAACUCAUGUUUUAUUAACUAAACCUGCAUUUUAUUAGUUAAUAAAAAUGCUUUUUAAAUAUGUAUAUAAAUUUAAUUUCAGUGCCAUAAGAGUAAUCUUGUGUUUCUCACAAUAUUGAGAUUUCUUAGACUGAUAAAAUCAAUUGUCAAUCUACAUAAUUUUAGUUGUAGUAAUUUUAUUUUAACAUGGAAGUUUAUGGACUAAUCACUGCCUAUAUCUAAAUAAAUAUACCAAAGGCAUUUCCAUUUUAAAUUUUCAUUGUCGAAAAAAAUAUGAAAAGGUUCUUUUAAUACCUUGUUUUACAAAGUUUUUUGAAUGAAAUAUACUGUGAAGUUAUUUUUAUAAAUUUUUGAUAAUAAUAAAAUUAAUUUUAAAAUUUGACUUUUUAUUUGAACAUUAAUUUUUUAUUGGUAAGCAGGUAGAUUUAGAUGCACUAUCAUUAAAGCACGCAAAAUAAUGAAUGCUAAAUCUGACAAUAAUAACAAAAAAGGAAACAAACUUUGAAUUUUGUUAAAUACUUAAUAUUUCCAAUUUUUCCUUUUAUGUGCUUUAUUUAUACGUACACUAGGAUACUUUUCCAAAAACUUAAUUUUUUUUAGAAAUUAUUUAAAAAGAUUUAAUAAGAAAGCCUAACAUGAAAAUACAAAUUAUAUUAGUAAAAAAAAUAAUUAUGAAAAAUUUAAUUGUAAACUAUUGUAUUUUAGCAACAAAUAUGUAAUAGUAGUAAAAAGAAGAAGAAAUAUUAAAGUAACAAGACAGCUUCUAAAAU